AUGGCAGUAGUCCAAGCGGGAGAUCACCAGAAUAUGCACCACUCUGGGGAGACAGUCUCCAGGCAUGGAGGGUCUCAGCCAGCGUACCAGAUGGAGCUGGCAGACAACUGCCCUGGACACAGAAUUGACCUGCGCCUCCAUGGACAGCUGUGAGUCCAAAAUGACCCCCAGGUUGUGCACCUGGUCCUUUUGGGGCACAGUUACCUCCAUCAGGUCUAGGGCGUCUCCCACACCUGCCUGCCCCCUUUCCCCUGGGGCAGUAUUUCUGUCUUGUCAAGAUUCAACCUCAAUCUGUUAGCCACCAUCCAUCCUUCAACUGCCUCCAGACACUCAUACAGUACCUUCACUGGUUCCAAUUUAAAAGAGAGGUAGAGCUUGGUAUCAUCCACAUACUGGGGAACACCCAACCCAAACCCCCUGAUGAUCUCUCCCAGCGUCUUCAUAUAGAUAUUAAAAAGCAUGGGGGAGAGGAUGGAGCCCUCAGGAACCCCACAAGUGAGAGCCCAGAGGUCUGAACACUCAUCCCCCGACACCACUUUCAGGACAUGGCCCAGGAGGAAGGAGGGGAACCACUGCACAUGGUCAAAUGUGCACAUACCAUGGUCAAAGGUCUCCAAAGCCGCUGACAGAUCCAGCAGAACCAGGAAAGAGCUUUUUCCCCCUUGGUCUCUAGCCCAUCGGAGAUCAUCAAGCGGCGCAACCAGGGCAGUUUCCGUCCCAUGAUGAGGCCUGAAUCCCAAUUGGAAGGAUAAUGGUGGCAGAAGCUUUCCUGGUCCUGCCCCUCCAAAAGCUCCAGGCCCAAGACUUUCAUUAGCUUUCAAGGGGCCAUCGGAGAUGCUGGAAGGAGGUGUGCAGGACACCAUCCAACCGUCUUAGAGAGUCCAUUCUGGAUUUGUGUAGGUUCCCCCCCAUAGCCUUCUCUUCUCCUGAAGAUAACUCACAAGGCAGCGAAGGUUUAGGAUCAGAGCUUUCCUUCUCGAUGGGCUUCCUUCCCCGAUUGACAAUCACAUCUGCCCUUCACUUUCCUCUGCAGCAUGGGCGGAAUCUGCGUUCUUGACUGUGGGAUUCACUGUUGUUCUCAUCCUCUUCAUCCACCAGGGUCUGCCUUCACCUGCACCAGAAUUCCCCAACCCACCAAGCGUUUGAGACCCAUCAGGUAUCCUCACCUGGUUUAGCCGGCCCGUUGAAGCUGUUGCUUGGAUCGCUGCCUCUGUUGCAUUCUGGCAGCUUCUGGAAGCCACAGGUGAGAGCUGAGUGCAGGGUGGGGACCAAUGGUGGAAAUAUUACCCCACAAGGUGGACUACAUGUCGCCCACCAAAGGUACUACCGCUCCCCUAACACCCCAAGCCAUCCUAUAAUUAUGAUAUUUAAGACAGAUCAGGAAUAAAUUUAUUUCUCAAGAAACAACAUAACUUCAGGCUGUUAAUGACUCAAUACUACAUAUUCAAGGAUGAAGUUUCCAUUAAGUACAGUUAUCUAUUUGCCUUUAGUAUUCAGAUUUGUAAGUGUCAUUUUAGGAUAGUCCUGAUUCAGGAGACAGGCACAAGAUGAGGCUGCACCUCAUUAUUAUACGGAGCAAUGGGGGUGGGUUUUUCCGUCUGGGAUUCCCAUGCGCCAGCUGCUUUCCUUCUGCUUCUCCUUCUCUUUCCAUGCAAUGCAAGGCAUCUAGACGGAGGUCCAUCUCCAAGAACAGGAGCUUCCCUGAGCACCCAUUCAGCUGACCCAAAGCACCAAGACUUGUCACUAGUUCUCUGACUAACCCAGACCACAGUCCCUGGAAAAGGCAUAGACCUAGGUCUCACAUAAUAGUCCAUAUGGACCUCCUGAGGCCAAUGGGACUGUGCAGGUGAUUCAUUAAGAGACAGAGGUGGAUGGAGGAUUAUGUUGCAGAGGAUGGGAAAUGUCCAAAGGAACGAUGGACCAGAGAAAGAGAGGGCCUUUUCAUGGACAGAGAGCAGCUGCCUUUCCUUGUGAGGAAACAAUUGGUUGGAAAAGUCUGUAUUCCAAUAUCAUGCUGCUUUAUCAUGCUGCUGAUUGAGGAUUAUGAAAGGUUGCUGAUGCAUUGCUAUCAUUUGAUGACAUUGCAUUUUCAUUUCCUAAAAAUUUGGAACAAGGGUAGGAUGCGGGAAAUGUAGGAUAUGUUGAAAUAUGAGGUGGUGCUAAUGGCAUCUGAUGUGCUCUCUUUUCCUUUGUUCUCUUCCUUGAAACCCAAACAGGAUUUCCUUUCCUCCCACUCUGAAGAAGGUGAAGGAGAAGACAGUCAAAACUUCAGGGGAUCGGGACCUUAGGCAGAGAAUUAAAUUAGGAAGAGAAAUUAAAAUGUGUCAAAUGUGGAAUAUGCUUCACUGAAUGAGCAUACAUAGCUCACAUCAACGACUUCCAACAGGAAAACCAUAUAAAUGUAUGGAGUGUGGAAAGAGCUUCAGUCAGAGUGGACACUUCAAUAUUCAUCAACGGACUCACACAGGGGAGAAACCAUAUAAAUGUAUGGAGUGCGGAAAGAGCUGCAAUCACAAUGUAUCCCUUAGAUGUCAUCAACAGAGUCACACAGGGGAGAAACCAUAUAAAUGUAUGAAGUGUGGAAAGAGUUUCAGCAAGAAUGGAGACCUUAGAACACAUCAACGGACUCACACAGGUGAAAAACCUUUUAAAUGUAUGGAGUGCGGAAAGAGCUUCAGUCACAAUGUAUCCCUUAGAUGUCAUCAACGGACUCACACAGGGGAAAAACCAUUUAAAUGUAUGGAGUGUGGAAAGAGCUUCAGUCGCAAUGCAUCCCUUAGAUGUCAUCAAUGGACUCACGCAGGGGAGAAACCAUAUAAAUGUAUGGAGUGUGGAAAGAGCUUCAGUUUCAAUAUAAACCUUAGAACACAUCAACGGACUCACACAGGUGAAAAACCAUUUAAAUGUAGGGAGUGCGGAAAGAGCUUCAGUCACAAUGUAUCCCUUAGACGUCAUCAACGGACUCACACAGGGGAAAAACCAUUUAAAUGUAUGGAGUGUGGAAAGAGCUUCAGUCACAAUGUAUCCCUUAGAUGUCAUCAACGGACUCACACAGGGGAAAAACCAUUUAAAUGUAUGGAGUGCGGAAAGAGCUUCAGUCACAAUGUAUCCCUUAGAUGUCAUCAACGGACUCACACAGGGGAGAAACCAUUUAAAUGUAUGGAGUGCGGAAAGAGCUUCAGUCAGAGUGGACACCUCAAUAUUCAUCUACAAACUCACACAGGGGUGAAACCAUAUAAAUGUAUGGAGUGCGGAAAGAGCUUCAGUCAGAGUGGACAGCUCAAUAUUCAUCUACAAACUCACACAGGGGAGAAACCAUUUAAAUGUAUGGAGUGCGGAAAGAGCUUUAGUGAAAAUGUAAACUUAGAAUACAUCAACGGACUCACACAGGGAAAAACCAUUUAA